AUGCAAAAACAUUGUUCUUCGGCUGUUACUCCUCGGAUAAAAGACUUCAUUGGUUCUUUUAUCAUCAACAAGAAUAAUAAUAGGACACUGAUAGGACAACAACAACCUGAAGGAAAAUCUUCAUCAUCAUCAUCAUUUACAUUCAAUCAAUAUCGGAGAUACGGACAAAAGGUGGAUGGAUUGUUAUCGGAUAUUCAUGAGAAGGUAUUUUCCAAUCAACACUUGUACACAACCAAGAUAUUUCAUGUUGCUGUGGAUGGAUACAACCAGAAAAAGUACAAGGAAGCUACAGAAUUUUUCACAAAAGUUAUAGAGAAGGGAAAGGAAGUGAUUGCAAUUUCUAAAAAACCACCAACCAAGGAAUUUACCAUUGAUAAGCAAAUUCUAUGGUCCUUCAUCUAUAGAGGAGUGAUUACCAAUUCAUAUCAGGAUUUGCAAAAAGCUAAGGAAAUUAAUCCAUUCCAUCCAGAGGUUUUCUAUAGGAGAGGAAAUUUAUUUUACUUUGAUAGCAAUUAUUCAAGUGCUAUCAAGGAUUAUUCUAAAGCAAUAGCCAAUCAUCCAGAUUUUUACGAGUGCUAUUUCAAUAGAGGAUUGUGCUAUUAUCAAUUGAAGAGACUCGAUAGAUGCAUUAAGGAUUUGGAAACGUAUUUGAAACAUGUACCAAAUGAUCCAAAUACUCUCAAACUUCUUGGAAUUAGUUAUUAUUACGAAUAUGUCUUGUAUGAUUCGAGAAGGGAAUUACUUGUAAAAUCAGUGGAAGCUCUCACCUCUUACAUCAACUAUAGAAAACAAAAUUCCCUACCUCUCACUAAAGAGGACUAUCUCAUUAGAGGUUCUUCUCUUCGAGAACUCAAACAAUUAGACCUUGCUCAACAAGAUUUCCAAGCAGGCUCUAACUCUUCCAUCAAAUCACUUCUUCCUCCAAUCAUUAUCACUCCAGUUGACUGUUUCACACAAGAACGAGUUGCUCUUGACACCCUUUAA